AUGUCCUCCUUCGAGCAGUUCCCCGGGGCGCAGGAAUUCCGCGCCACCGUGGAAGAUGACGGACUCGACGCCGACUACAGCAUGAUCGGCGAGUACCCGGAGGAAGUCGACUAUUAUGUCCUGCUGGGCCUUUCGCGCACACCACCCCCAACAGACGCCGAGAUCCGGUCCGCAUACCGCAACCUGACCCUCAGCUUCCACCCGGACAAACAACCGACGCAUCUCCGCCAUGCGGCUGAGACCCAGUUCAGACAAAUCCAGGAGGCGUAUGAGACGCUCAUUGAUCCCAAUAAGCGCACUGUAUAUGAUAUAGCCGGUGUGGAGGGUGUUCGGAAAGAAUGGAGCCCGUCUGGGGCCAUGGGGACUAGUGGAGAGGCGCACAAGCAGGAUGUUGGUGUUAGGGCGAUGUCGCCGGAUCAGUUUCGUCGCUGGUUCUUGAAAACUAUGAAAAAACGUGAGCGGAAGGCUGUAGAGAGCUUGGUCUCCAGCAAGGGCGGUAUUACUUUGGGAGUCAAUGCAUCGUCUAUGAUCUCAGUCGACGAGGAUGAAGAUGUCCAGUUCCAUAUUCCUUCGCCGCAAGUGAGCACAUAUGGUCUUUCGUAUAAUUUCAAGACGCCGGUAUCAUUACCCCAGAUUUGGAGCACGUCGGAUAACGAAGAAGAAUCCGAUGGCACGGAAAGCAGUCCAGGAGAAGAUGCGGAGGAAAAUGAACAAGAGGACAUGCAAGUGACCUUGAAUGCGGGCAUAACUGGAGGCUUGGCUCGCCCGGUGAAGACAGUGUUAGUAGAGUACGAGGAUGGGACGGAAGGGGAGGAAAAGUAUACAAUGCCACCAAUCCUGGCAGCACAGAAUAUCCAAUUUGGCGCCUCUGUGACUCCCAACUUCAGAAACAUGGUCGGAACUAAGGGAAUCUGGGCUAAACGCCCUUUCUCUUUCCUUACUGACUCUCAAAUCACCUUUGACGCCCUCAUUCUCCCUAAUCCAACCUUGAAAGCGAAUAUCUCUCGAGCCUUCCAGCCCGUCCCCGGCACCAAACCGUUCCAGGUUAGCGUGACGAGUAUACACACACGUUCCUUAGGGGAAACACCACCUUCCUUUGAAGUUCAAAUCUCGAGAGAGGUGGCUAAGAGGAAGAUCGGUGUUCUCACAUGGUCUAGUGGCGCCGUUGAGUGGCCGGAAUUCCUUCUCAACUUCUUCCCAUCAAUCGGAAUGGGAGUACAGAGCGCCAUGACAUCUGCAACCGAAGUGAGCAACCUGCAACUGGGUUUAAUUUCGCUUCCUGAUCAGGGGCAAGGUACAGUGGAUUUCGAUGAUGACGAUGAAGAAAGUGGCGAAUUAGAUGAGGACGUGCAGAAUCUUCUCAAGAAGAAACGCAAGAUUAACCAGUCUGCCGAGGCAUGGCAGACCCAUCUCCAGGUCACUCCUGGGGGUGGUGCAUUUGUCUUGAACUAUUCACGGAAUCUCUUCUCCGGGAAACCCGCUGAUGAUCCCGUGAAGACUGAAUGGAGCUCUGAGGGAUACUUCCCGAUGCCGGCCAUGGACCAGGCGCGUGCCAUCCGACUCGAGAUCGCUAGUGUUAUUGGACUCGACAUGUCUCUCAACUGGACCAUCAAGGGCGUACGUCGAGUUGGCGAGUACACCCGCGUUGGUCUCGGCAUUGGCAUCGCAGACAAGGGUAUCAUGAUGACAGUCUCAUGGAGCCGACUUGGUCAAAACAUUAAUAUUCCGAUCAAUGUCUGCCCGGCCAAUGAGGCAACAAGCGGUGCUGCAGCACUGACUGCUAUCUUCCCUUGGCUAGCUUACUGCGCGAUUGAAUUCGGCUAUAUCCGACCGCGCGAUAAGAAGAAGCGUCGACAGGCAGCCGCCCGCCGCCACCGCGAGCUAAAGAAGCUUAUUCCCAAGAAGCGCGAGGAGAGUCUUCAGGCCAUUGAGCUCAUGACGGAUCAGGUGCAAAGGCGCCAAGCGCGAGAGGAAACACAAGAUGGCCUUGUCAUCGUGAAAGCCGAGUAUGGAUAUAUUCCACCAACAAACAAGAAACCCAAGAAUGGGUUCACGGAGCCACGGGUGAUUGAUGUUACUAUUCCUGUUGCUGCGCUGGUUAACCGGGGCCAACUGGUGAUCUCUGGUAAAUCCAUCAAGGUAAGUUAA